AUUGUGUACUUCACGGCGACCUUCCCCUACGUCGUCCUCAUCAUCCUGCUGGUGCGAGGCGUCACACUUCCUGGAGCGUACGACGGCAUCAUGUUCUACAUCAAACCUGAUUGGUCCAAACUGUGGGAAGCUCAGGUUUGGAUCGACGCCGGCACUCAGAUCUUCUUCUCGUACGCCAUCGGCCUCGGAGCGCUGACGGCUCUGGGGAGCUACAACCGCUUCAACAAUGACUGCUACAAAGAUGCGUUUGUUCUGGCGAUGAUAAACAGCGGGACGAGUUUCUUCGCCGGCUUCGUGGUGUUUUCUAUUCUGGGCUUCAUGGCUAACGAGCAGGGAGUUCACAUCUCACAGGUCGCUGAAUCAGGUCCAGGUCUGGCCUUCAUUGCAUACCCGAAGGCGGUGACUCUGAUGCCGGUGGCUCCUCUGUGGGCCGCGCUCUUCUUCUUCAUGCUGCUGCUGCUGGGACUCGACAGUCAGUUCGUGGGCGUGGAGGGUUUCGUGACGGGAAUCCUGGAUCUGUUUCCUGGGAAAAGCCAAUUCCGCUACAAAAGGGAAAUCUCUGUGGCCGUGUGUUGCCUGCUGUGCUUCAUCAUCGACCUCUCCAUGGUGACACAGGCGGGGAUGUACGUCUUCCAAUUAUUUGACUAUUAUUCAGCCAGUGGGAUGAGUCUGUUGUGGCAAGCAUUCUGGGAAUGCAUAGUAGUUGCCUGGGUCUACGGUGCCGACCGCUUCAUGGACGAUGUGGCCCUUAUGAUUGGCUACCGGCCGUUCCCCUGGAUCAAGUGGUGCUGGUCCUUCAUCACGCCCGCCGUCUGCAUGGGAAUCUUCAUUUUCCACCUGGUGAACUACAAGCCUCUGACCUACAACAACACGUACGUGUACCCGUGGUGGGGCGAGGUGAUCGGCUGGUGCCUGGCGCUCUCCUCCAUGCUCUGCAUCCCCGUCAGCAUCCUCUACAAGCUGGUCAGCGCCAAGGGCACCUUCAAGGAGCGCUGGGCCCACCUCACCACCCCGGUGUGGGGGCACCACCACCUGGAGUACAUGGCCCUGCCCUCCAAUGCCCCCGGCACCGAGGAGAACAAGGUCAUCAUCUUCGAGAGCGUCAUGUAGGCGGGACUCUACAUCUCCACCCCUCCCACCUACCACAAGACGACCUCCACCUCCAUUGAUUGGUCGUCUCCUCGGAUCAACCAAUCGAUGGCCGUCCUUCAAACCUUCGAUCGUCACCGGGCAGACCAAAGCUGGAAAAAAGAUUUUCCAACCCUGUAAAAAAAGAACAAAGCGGCUCCUCCAGGCGGAUUAUUACUAUUUUUUUUUAACAAUCACGGCAUCAACUUCCUGUUUUUCCCCUUCAGAAUAAAACUAAAAUGUGAGAUUAAAACCAGCAGAUAAAUGUGUUCUGUACCUGCAAAAAGGGCUCCAUCUUGGAAACGUGUAAAUAUAAUAUUACAAGGAUGCCAUGCAACGUUUUUUUUUAUCUGGAGGAGCUGAAGAAGAAAGAGUUUCACUGUGUUCACAAACAGCUGCUGGGCUUCCUCCAUGUUGGAGUGUCUUGUCUCUGGGUGGGCGGGGUGGACACACACACACACACACACACACACACACACACACACACACACACACACACACACACACACACACGCUGCCUCAACAGGGACUGGUGCUCGAGACUUGAGGUAAACGUUUUGAAAGUGUGUGUGUGUGUGUGAUGGCUUUCUGCAGACGGAGUUGUGGACCGACUGAGACCUGGAGAAUUAACAGAGGGCGUUUGCGCCGUAACGGGAUUUAAAAAACGCUUAGAUUCGUAGUCCUGUUGUGAAGCGAGAAACACUAAAGGAAUGAUGGUAGCCAUAUUGCAAUUAGACAAGCAAACGUUUCUGAGUGUCUUUGACUACGUUUUUCAAAGUGUGUCAGCUGGACUUAAAGCGUCAAAGAAAGCCACUUCCUGUUACGGAGCAAAUUCCUCAUCGCUCGUGAUGUCUCUGAGUUUGUGAGCACUUUCUGAGACGCUCUGAUUGUUAUUGAUCUAGAAACCGGAUCCGGACUGAACUCGUUUGUUUUCUUAACGUUUCAUCGCAGCUUGCUUCCGCAUGAAAUACUGUGAAUGAACAGCGUGAUGUGUUCUGACGGCCCAGCUCUGUUUUAAAUCACACCGUGGUGAUAUUAGAUCUGAUAUUAGGAGGAAAAGCUCCAGUGAGAAUUCAGUCAAUGAUCAUCUUAUGCGUUUCAUAUUAUCCAAAUGUAGUUUUAUUUCAAGAUGGCUUAUCUACCGUCUAGUUGACUCGGUGAGGAUGAUGGAGGAGAAGCUUAAACCAUGACAAAAAAGCUCAAUUUACCCGUUUGUUCAGGAGAUUCCGACCACAACGCUUGGGCUUCCUCUGUAAAGACCAGCUUCAAGUUAAACAAAUGAAAUAGUUAGUUUCACGAUCUUAACUUGCUUGACCCAGAGAGAAAAUGAACCAGCAUUUACGUUAUUAUUCACUUUCAUUUGGCUGAUGCUUUCAUCCAAAGACAAUUGAUUAAUUGGCAAAAAAUGUAUCAAUCAAUCAAUGUUUAUUUAUAUAGCCCAAUAUCACAAAUGUUACAUUUGUCUCAGUGGACUUUACAGUUUGUACAAAAUAUCAGUAUGACAAUAUCAUAUAGUACAGUAUCAAGAAGAAUCUGAAUUCUUUGGACUGUUCAGACAACAAAAAGUAAUAAAAGAAGGAAAUUGUGACACAAAUUGUAUGGUUUGAUUAAUAGUGAUUGGCAUAUUAAUGUUAAAUAAAGAUAAUUAUGACUUGAAGCACUUCCUGGAUGAAGUAUGCACUGCUCCAGGUUCAGUUGAAGUACUAAAACAGCUCCUGCUUUAACACAAAAUCAGGUUAAUCCUGUAAAUCAUACUUUGUUAUUCUUAAUUAGCAGAUGAAAUACCUGAUAUGUUUCGUGUCUCCUCAUCCCGAGUCCACCAUUAGUCCCGGUCUGUGAACUCAAGCAGAAGUUAGGGACAGAAUAAUAUUUUAAUCAGAGACUGAAACCACACUGGAUCUGACCUUUAACCUUUAGGGUCUUCGUUCUCGCCCCCCCACCGGGUCGACUGAAGUGCCAAACGGAGCGAUUCUGAUCCCAGAUCAGCGCUCCAGGCUGCCAAUAUCAUUCAGUAUCAACACUAUUCUUCUUCGUCUUCUUCUUCUCUGCCUCGUCGCAUCAUUAAAGCUGAAGUCCUCCGACCAAUCAACACGCUCUCCUCUUUAACAGCUGAUAGGAAACACAGGCAAACCCCGAAAUCUGGUUUCCUGGGUUGGAAUAAAGUCUGAUAACAGGACCGGAUUUCAUCUUUCAAUGUCUGAAAGAGUCUAGAACUGGUUCUGCUCCUCUGUGAUCGUAUUGGACUCAAUUCAGCAUAUUAAAAAAUACAGCAAUAUAGAUCACAAAGCUGCAAAAGUAAUCGUUCAGCUUUGGCAAAAUGAUCUGUUCAGAAGUUACCACAAAACAUAACAAUUAAGCAGAUAUUUGAAUCUUUUAAAAAAUGUAUAUGUAACAGGAUCCUUAUCAUACAUAUUCGCUAGGUCUUAAUCUCUAUUUAAAUAUUACAAUUAGAAGUAGUAUUAGUUUAAAAGACCAGUAUGGGUCCGGCUUUACUGCUACAUUCCCAGCAACACAUUUAUUUGGUUGUUGUUUGUAUUUAAUUAGACGGUAAUUUAACCCUUUUAUUCUAAUUAAAUCUAUAAGAGUACAUUGAUCACGUUCUAAUCCCACACUUAGAUACAUAUGUUUGAGAUAUGCAAUGUCUAAUUUCACUCUUACUAAUUCCUUUGCUUAAUUUAAACUACGUCUAUGUCAAAUUAUUCCAAGAAAUACAUUAAAAAAAUAUAUAUUCUUUAGCAAUCAGAGAAAUUAGGGAUUUUAAAUCUAUUUGCUCUAAUAACUUAAAUCAGUGUUUUAAUAUUGACCUGUGAUCAGCUGGUGGAGAGAUGAGAGCCUGAGGACUCAACUUGAUGCCAAGUGUUGCCUUACGUCAGUGGCGGACUGGCCAUCGAGACGUUCAGGACGAAUCCCGAUUGGCCGGUGCUGAAGUGGGCCGGCCGGACGAUGUGGGCCGGUCGGAUAAGUCACUAGCACCCCCCCUUGAUAAUUUACUAGCGGUACCGAGGUGGGCCGGCGGUACUGAAGUGGGCCGGUCGAGAGUCCCGGGCUACUACCCAGUCCGCCCCUGCCUUACGUCGUUGUCUUAACUCCAGAGCCAAUCACAGUACAGCUCUGCUUUGAAUCCAACCAAUCAGCAGUCUGCGUGCGGGGGGGCGUGUCUACAACUCUGUCUCCCAGCAACCACUCUGCAUCCACCUAUCACAUAACCAUUAGAAUGUAAAAUAUAUAUUAUAAAAAGUAUACAUUUGCACAUUGUUGUAAAAUAAUGUCGCUAGCACUUUGGAGAAGAGUCACGUUAGAAAUCAUGUUUUGUUUUACAUAUUGUAAAAUGAAUCAGAGAUGGAGGCUUUUAUUUUGCUGAUACAUACAGUAUGACAGAUAUAUAUAUUGAAUAUCUUUGUGCGUUAUCUAUAUUUGAUGCAGUAUGUGAUUUUGAUGAUGACUGAUUGUUGACGCUUUAGCCGGCGAAACACCAGCGACGAAGCGACGCCGGCUACCUCACUUCCCAUUUUAGACUUUCAAAAUAAAACUCCUUUUCAGCUUUUUAUGCAAAUGUCUUGUCAGCGGCGGCGUCGGCUGGCGGCAGGAGAGGAUUCUGGGAAGUGUAGUUCAAAACAUUUCCCUCCUCGGCCUGUUUCACGUUGCUGCUUUUAAAGGUUCUCCAGCACCGAGGAACAUAUUUGAAUCUGAAAAUUUGACAUGAAGGAUGCUAAACGUACGCUGUGGAUACAAACACAUUUCAAUUGAGAUUGCUUGGGUGUUUAAUUGGACUUUUAUAUGGCUCUCUACAUCCCUUAAUUGAUUACUAUUUUAACACGUUGGUGCUGCGAGACUUUUAAAUGGUGUCUGACCGGCUAAUGUAAACAAUCAGCGAUAGGCGGGGCUUUUAUUUUUGGCGGGGUUUGCUGCGAUGCAGUGAUGUUAAGGCUUUGUGUGUCUCUGAACGCACCACGAAAGGGAAUGUUAUUUUAGUUUUUAUUCUUUUGAUUUCUAAUGUUCAAAGUGCUCAAGUGUUUUGAAGAGUUUUAGUUUUAGAGGAUUUAUUUUUCUCUGUGUAUAUUUCUGAAUAUCAGUAUUUCGUCCUCAGACCCUCAGACGGCUCAGACUCACGUUAUUAUUAUUAUUUUAAAAGGAGAUAUAAAGUAAUCUGCUUGUUUUUUUUCAUGGAAUUAAUUUAAAAAAUGUCGACAUAAUGGCGGAUGUUUAAAAAUACUGCAUUUUGUGUUUAAAAAUAGGAUACAAAAUGUUUGAAGGCUGAAAAACUGCCAAGAAAAUGAUAAGAAAAUGUCAGUUUUAGUUGAAAAAGGCAGAAUAAACUUCUUAAUCCCACCUGCAGUAUCACACCUGGGAAAUAUCUUCAGUACAAAAUAUCAAUAAUAUUAACAGGAAAUAAGAACUACAUAUCCCAGCAGUCAUUGGGAGCCUCCAGAGCGUCUUCAUACUAUGGUAUCAAUCAAUCAAUCCAAUGAAUGAGACAUGACCAUAUAUCUCUUCAUAACUAAAAGCCACAAAAUGAACUGCAUUUCAUUUAAAAUAAAUAAAGAAACGUUUAUUUUAAAGUGAGAAUAAAAACAGACUUAACUGAACGUGGAUUCGGCCAAUCAGAGCCUCUGCUUGCUCAGAUUAAAGAAUCAAAAUGAUGAAGAAAGACCAGACCAGCCAAUCACUGUAACACAGGGUGAGCGAUUGAGAUCAGAUCCAAAAUGUAAUGGUUUCUUCAUGGAUCCAUGCUUCACCAAUUCACCAAAUGAUAUGGAAAUAGGGACAGUAGUUUUUGCUUAAUCCCUCUUACAAACAAACCUAAUUGGCGCCCUAGUUGGUAAAGUUCAUUGAAGAGUGUAAAAACGGACUGUCCACGGUAGUUAAAGCCAAUUUUAAUGGACAUACAGUUUUAUAUUGUGAUUAAUAUGUCACAUUAUUAUUAUCCUUUGAAUUAUCUACAACUAUAUUCAGUUGUGUGGUGAUUUCAAUAAUUUAUAAGUUAGAAAUUACCCACUUAUCUACAGUCAGACACACAUGAAGGGACGGUGAAAUAAAUACUGAUUGCACCUUUAAAAAAUGAUCUACUAAUUGGAAAUUAAUCUAGACUUUUUGGACUUUAGUUUGACGGAAAACCUCAGUUUUCAGUGUCACAUGUAAUUAGUUAAAAAGUUAAUUAACAGCUAAUUAAAUAACACUAAUUAAUGAUGAAAUGAAUCCUUAUUUGCGUGUUGAUUGGCCGGUCUGGUGGAUUCAAACUGACGACAUACAGAGAUUAUUACUGGUGAUUAAAACUAGUGAGAUGAUAUGAUAGAGGCCACUGAAAUUACACUAAUUAAACUAACCGCAGUAUUUUAUUUAACGCAAAUCAAACUGACAUUUUAGAGAGUUUUAUAUUUUUAAAGUUAUAUAAUCAUUGUUUUUUUUUUAAUUGUCUGAAGCCUGGUGGGUCAGAGGGGGGGGGGGGGGAAUAAUUAAUAAAAAAUAUCUGCAGCCGUUGAAUGCGAAAAAACACAACUUGAAGAAAUGAAAAUGUACAUUACCAAAAUCUGAAGUUUCAUUGUCAUGUUGUCUUUGUCUUCUGCCAAAAACAUCCUUGUUGUGACAGAAUCGCUGAUCUAAUCUGCCCGGAGACAGAAGAGAGGGGAUAUAUUUAAAACACUUAGAAAUACUUCAACAUACCAUCAUUAAAAUGUGUUUUUUUAAAUAAAAAAUUCAUGGUAAAUACAAGUGUUUUAAGACUUUAGGGGGGCUUUUUAAAAAUGUAUUCACGGCGCUUUCUCACCGGAGUACUUUUCCCAGGAAUAGUUCCGAUAGUUCCUGGGAUUUUGCGUUUAAACCAAAAAGAUCUGGAACUAGAACUUUUUUUCGGGAAUUGGAACCUUUUCAGAGCAGGGACUAUCGGGGGUGAAAAGGUUCCAAUUUUGCAAACCACGCCCCGUAAAACUCAGAAAGGUUUUGUGAAGCCGCCAUUUUAUUUGCUUGCAUUAGCAUUAUUAGCAUUAGCCCAGCGCACCAACGGAGAGAGACUAACUUAUGGCAACUAGGGUGACCAGAUAUCCCGCUUUGCGCGGGACUACACAGCAUUUUCAGGACUUUUGGUGCGUCCCGCAAAUUGAGACGAUGUCCCGCAUAUUUCAUUUUGAUUGGCUAAAACACUUUUCGAAAAUCUAAUUCAUGACAAAUCUGAUGCGGAGAAAGGCCGGCUCGGUUCGCUGAUGGCCGUCACCGCCCUGUAUUAUUAUAUGUUUUAAACGGCAUCAUGUAAGAGCGUCCGUAGUGUCACUCCCCCGCUGACAGUUCUUCACGAGCGUCCAUAGUUAGUGUCUCUCCACGAUCUCUUGACGAUGAUGGGAAGUCGUAAAUUCUACCAAUUCUGCCCAAAAACGUUGGCUUUAAUAUUUGGUUACCUUAUUCUAAAAAAAAAAAAAAAGAGAAAGUUUAGAAAAUCUGUCUCCAGCUUUUUAUCAUUGAUUCUGUCCAACAAACUCACCGCUGGUUUCCAUCUGAGAGCGUCUGUUUCCCUCCUCUACUCUCAGCUUUUUAACGAAAUUAAACGUUUUAUUUCUGCUUCAUUUUUACUGUAGAUACAUAUUGUUUUAUAGGGUCACUUUUUGAAAAAUAUUGUCAUUGAUUUUAUAGCCAAAAACAUUGCCAAAGUGUUUUUUAACCUCCAAAAUAAAGACAAUAAGGAAGCUCAAAAGGGACGAAAAGGAUUUGUUUCUGUUCGGUUUCUUAUCAGACUUUCUGAAAUACAAAACAUAUUUGAUCGUGAUUAUAAAUAACGUUCUUACCUUCAAGUUUUUCGGGAAACUGAGGUCGGAUCAGAUGAGCCAGCAGGGGGCGCCGUCAUCGGGUUUGGGCUCGAAACCUUAAAAUACACAUUUUCUUUUAACGAAAACAUCACAAAAUUCAUCGGAAAUUAACAAAAUUAUUGACAUCCGAUGUUCCUGUUGAGCCCAAUGAAGUUGACGAAAAAUAACAUAAUGAUAAAAUUAAAAACGUUUUGCCAAAAGUUGCUAACAUUAUAGUUGGUGUAUACAACCCCCAAUGCAUUAUGGGAAGUGUAGUCCAAUUAGUUUGGUUAUUUACUUCUUCAAUCGGACAAACAAUAACACUUUUUUUUUACGCUAUGAAGAAAAUGUUUUUUAUUUUGAAUAAAUUACAUGUAUGGACAAAAUAAACCAAUAUAUCAAAUGUAUUUUUUAAGUAAUACAAAAAGAAGUUAUCCCACAAUUUAGCAGAUUCUAAGAGGAAGAAUUUUACGAUUUUACAUUUUUUUACUAAUUUCUUCAAAAAAGAUGAUUUUUUUUAUGAUUCUAUCCCAUUUAUUUUUAUACUAGCUUCCAAAACAAACAUUCAAUCUGCUCUCACGUUGGUGCUGAAGAUGAUUUUGUUAUGUUUUUGUGUUUCCAGCCCAAAUUCAUCCGUCCCGCCGUCCACCAUUUCCUCUGUACCUGUGUGUCUGUGUGACUUCCUGUAACGCUCCAGUCUUCCAUACAAGCAUAACUGUAGACUAGAGACAAUCAAUUACAAGGUGAUUAAAAAGUAGCUUCAUUAAUUACUAGAUGUGUACUAAUGACACUCGGGGCUCCACGUUAACGAGUCUCCAGUCAAAAGAAAAAAGAUGCAGACUUGUGGAGGAUGAGAGUUAACGUUGAGCCCAGAGGACGUCACCUGUUUCAUUGACCUUUGACCCCUGCGAGGGUCUCAUGCUGUAAGCCACUGUGAUCACUGUGCUCAUUAAACACUGACUUUAACAAAGGCAAUAAAACUAACGUCAUGACAAACAGAU